AUGGAAUUCGAAGCAUUGCCAACACCAAUGGACUCUACAUCAUCUUGGGACCCUCCGCCCGUGCAAGGGAACAGUUCAAGAAGACGGAAGAUUCGAAAGGGAACUCAUAGCUGCUGGCAAUGUAAACGGCGCAAAGCCAAGUGUAUUUUUUCCACGGCUGCUGAUGACGUCUGUGUGGGUUGUCGUCGUCGUGGACUGUCCUGCACAAGACAAGACUUGCCAGAAGAGCUCUCCAACUCAAAGACAAACCGUCCAGACCUUGAUGAGAGGCUUGACAAAGUGGAAAGCUUACUCAGCGAACUCAAUAGCAAGCUGCGCAAAGAUGCCCCGUUAGCCAAGGACGACGAUGGAAGCGCUGGUGAAAGUAUCCCUGAUACUACCGUCGCACUCACAUCCAACGGAAACCCUGCUGAUUUCAAUGUCGGUGCUGAAAGUUCAGACCCGUUUUUACGAGGCGAAAGUCACCAGGCAAUCACUGCUUCCUUGCUCGCAGCUUGGCCAUCACCCAAAGAUACGGAGAGCCUUCUCCGAAACAGUCAUGGCACAACACUGUAUUGUCAUCACCUAAAUGCUGGCCACCAUUGCCGACUUACAGAAGAAGACUGGGUCACAAAGCCCGCAAAGCUUCCAUGGGUUCCCGGUCCAGAGAUGCACCCCGUCGUCCUGGCCAGGCGCAUGCUCUGUUGCGUUCUCUUUCUUCAGAGCCCCUGUGCCGCCGAGAAGUACAUGUUCUCUGUGCCCAUACGGACAAUCAUGCACCGAAUGCUGACCGCGGUUGUGGGUUUGGUCAAUGGCAAUGAUGAACUGCAUGGAAGCUUGGAAAGUGUUGAAUGCUUCAUGCUAGAGUCCAUGUACCACAUGCACUAUGGGAAUCUUCGAAAGUCAUGGCUUGUCAAUCGCAGAGCCAUGCUCUUGGCACAAAUGAUUGGACUACAUCAUCGCCCCAUGCCUCCGAUACAGUCUCUUGAUCCUCAGCUGGCGUCGGACCCUGAGGCCAUGUGGUCCCGGAUCGUGUCUCAAGACCGUUACCUUUGUCUCCUCCUAGGACUUCCACCAGGGUCGAGCAACAGGUGCACAAAUGGCCCAAUGACGGUGCCUAGGAGCUACUGUUGUACCAGCCGCAAGAUUGAGGCGUCACUUCACAAUAUUGGCGCCAAAAUAUUGGAACGCAACGAGAUUCGACGCCUCGACUAUAGCCAAGACUUGGCCAUCGAUGCAGAGCUCCUCCAGCUGGCGUACAACGCACCCGAAGGUUACUGGAGUGCACCGCAGAUGGAUGGGAUAUCAGCUGGGUCGUUUGCUGAUGCUCUAGCUGUCAAUACCCUCACGAGACAGGCCAUGUACUAUCAUCUCCUCAACCAGCUGCAUUGGCCUUACCUUUUAAACACGCUACACUGCGAGGGACACGGACGCUCCACCAAGCACGAGGCGUAUUCCGCCACGACUUGUGUCCACGCGAGCCGCGAGAUCCUCCAUCGCUUUAUCCUGUACCGAAACUUUAAUUCUGCUUCGCAGUGUUUCCGCCCCGUCGACUUUUUGGCCAUUACGGCCGUCCUCACAUUGUUGCUAGCGCAUUCCGACAUCUACUACUCCAGCCUGUUGCCCGAGGGCCAGGGCAAGCGCACUGAUUAUCUCGCACACCAGCGUCUCGGCGACCGUCUCUUGUUGGAUCAGGCCAUGCAGCAGCUCGAGACGGUCAGCCAAUACAACCGAGACGCGACCAGCAUCGGACGCCUAGAGGAGCUACGGUCUCUGAUCAGGCUCAAGAUGGAGGCGACUCGAGAGAACAACUUUAUCCGCAUAGCCGCCAAGCCUCAGGAGCGUGGUUCUGAACAGCCUCAAAGCAGCAGCACGCGCACAAACGAGGGUGAAUUACAGUUCCCGGCGCCCUAUUUCGGUACAAUUCGCAUCUCGCAAGGUGGCACUAUAUUCAAGACCUUUUCACAGGCCACCGCCACGGUUGUUGGGUCAUCCUAUGACUUUGAUAGUUCCCCAGAGGCAGCAGUCGUGCCAGCUUCUAGUAGCGAAGUAAAUGAUACAAGCUCGGGAUCGGGUUGGAAUUGGGAUUUUGGAUCAGAGUCUUUGAAUAUCUCUGCUGCUGCUGGCAGCGACAAAUGGGCAUUUCAGGGUGUCGACGCGGCCUUUUUUGAUACCUUGAUGAUGGGUAGAAUGCCUGGUGAAGAACGUGGCGCGGAUGACUUUUCUACAUGA